AUGGCUUAUUCCAUCCAUACGAAGAAUCUAAUCAUCGUGUCUGUCGUCUUCGGCGUCAUCGCCAUCGGCGCAGUCGCCUUGCGACUAAUCGCCAGACGGCAGAAGCGUCUCCCGCUCUAUUGGGACGACUGGACCAUGAUCGUGGCGCUGGUCAUCGCAGUCGCACAAUGCGUCGUCUGUGUGUACGGAGCGACUGAGGGAGGAAUUGGACAUCCUUCAGAAACACUGACCCCGCCGACGUUGGUCAAGCUCUUCAAGGUAAAUGCGGCUUUUGCUGGAUAUGCUGCGAGUAUCCUGUCUAAUAACUACCAACAGGUCCACUUUUCUGUGAUACAGAUGCAUCUUAGCGCCCUAACAUUUAUCAAAAUCUCGAUUCUCUGCUUUUACCGGCGGAUUUUCACUAUCAAGUGGUUUACGAGGGUGGUGGACGCAACGAUUGGGUUUGUUGUCGUUUGGUGGCUUACCUUUUUCAUUGCCACCUUCUUUACUGCACGGCCGUUGAGCAAUUUCUGGAAUACCUUCCUGCAAGAUCUCGCAUUCGACAUUGCCCCUUAUGUAUUGGCCAUCGCUGCGACCGACGUAGCUGUUGAUUUCUGGACGCUUCUCCUGCCUCUUCCCGUCAUAGCAGGCCUACAGAUGAAGAGCGCUCAAAAAUGGCAAGUCGUCGGCAUCCUAUGGCUAGGAGUCUUCUGUGUUGUUUCUGCUUCUGUCCGAUUAUACUAUAUUCAACAAGUCCUGGCGUUCAAAGUCCUUGCUGGCGAGAAAUUCACUGGUGUUCUCACAAAUAACUUCGUAUGGGCUGUCAUUGAGCCUUGCGCAUCAAUCCUGUGCGGCUGCUUGCCGACUUAUGGAUCGCUUGCUACUGCGUGUGCUGGUCAUAUCAAGUCUGUUUGGAGCUCGUAUGGCCUCUACGGAUCCCAGGCAUACGGUUCUGGAAAGCACCCCAAUUCUGGGCUGAGCGACAAUGUCGAUGAUUCGGGUUCGAAGCGAACGCGAAGAGAGUGGUUAGAGUUACAGGACUCUCAGCAAAAGCUGACGGCGUAG